AUGGCCACUGCAGCCAUGUCUGACAUAGCCAGCCAAGAAGCGCAAGCUGUUGACCGCCAGGAGGAAAGUGCAGUCGUAGACAUCGGGGUUAAAUACAACCCACCACCGGCGCCGGAUUCAGCAUUGGACUCGUCGAGGCUAGACUGCGUGCUCGUCGGUUUUAUAACUUCGUGUUCGUCGGUCUCCGAACAGCAAGAUCGUCAGGUGGUCGGCGAUCUUCGAACAAGGGCAAGAACGAACACUUUAGACUGCAAGAAAGAAUACUCAGACUGCAACAAAGAAGACAAGACUGCAAGAAAGAAGACUCGAGACUGCAAGAAAGAAGACUCGAGACUGCAAGAAAGAAGACUCAAGACUGCAAGAAAGAAGACUCAAGAUGGCAAGAAAGAAGACUCAAGAUGGCAAGAAAGAAGACACAAGACUGCAAGAGGGAAGACUCAAGACUGCAAGAACGAACACUCAAGACUGCAACAAAGAAGACUCAAAACUGCAAGAACGAACACUCAAGACUGCAACAAAGAAGACUCAAGACUGCAAGAAAGAAUACUCGAGAGACAGCAAGAAAGAAGACUCGAGGGGGCAAGAAAGAAGACUCAAGAGGGCAAGAAAGAAGACUCAAGAGAGCAAGAAAGAAGACUCAAGAGGGCAAGAAAGAAGACUCAAGACUGCAAGAAAGAAGACUCGAGACUGCAAGAAAAAAGACUCAAGACUGCAAGAAAGAAGACUCAAGAGACAGCAAGAAAGAAGACUCGAGGGGGCAAGAAAGAAGACUCAAGAGGGCAAGAAAGAAGACUCAAGAGAGCAAGAAAGAAGACUCAAGAGGGCAAGAAAGAAGACUCAAGACUGCAAGAAAGAAGGCUCAAGAGGGUAAGAACGAAGACAAGAGGGCAAGAACGAAGACUCAAGAUGGCAAGAACGAAGACUCAAGACGGCAAGAAAGAAGACUCAAGAGGACAAGAAAGAAGACUCAAGAGAGCAAGAAAGAAGACUCAAGAGGGCAAAAAAGUAGACUCGAGACUGCAAGAACGAAGACUCAAGAGGGCAAGAACGAAGACUCAAGAGGGCAAGAACGAAGACUCAAGAGGGCAAGAACGAAGACUCAAGAGGGCAAGAACGAAGACUCAAAAGGGCAAGAAAGAAGACUGCAAGAACGAAGACUCAAGAGGACAAGAAAGAAGACUCAAGAAUGCAAAAAAUAACUCGAUGCAAGAACGAACGAAGAAGACUAAAGAGGGUAAGGAGAAAGAAGACUCGAAGAGGGCUAGGAGAAAUAAGACUCGAAGAGGGCAAGGAAGAAGUCUCAAGACUGCAAGAAGGCAGUCUCAAGACUUCAAGGAAGAAGACUCAAGAUGGCAAGAAAAAAGACUCAACUGCAAGUAGAAAGAAAACGAGAGAAAGAAAAAUCAAUAUUGCAAUAAAGAAGAUUCAAGAGGACACAAGAGGGCAAGAAGAACGAACACUAACACUAGAAAACAUCAAGAAGGAAAACUAAGAGGGCAUGAACGAAGACUCGAGAGGGCAUGAAGAACGAAGACAGCAUGAUGAACUAAGACUCGAGGGCAUCCAGAACGAACACUAGCGAACACAUGAACGAAGACAGACACUAGAGACUACAUCAAUAAAGAUUUAAGGGGGUAAAAAGAAGGAAGACUAAAGAGAGCAUUAAAAGAAGACUGCAAGAAGUAGACUCAAGACGACACGAAGACAAACAUUCGAGAGGGCAUGAAGAACGAAGAAUCAAGAGGUCACAGAACAGGAAAAACAGACUCAAAGUAACAUGAUUAACAUGAAACAGAACACUAAAAAAAUAAAACUCUUCAGGCAGAAGACAAAAAAAAAUUUACAUGCAGACAGAAGACUGAAGGGUAUAGAGAAGAACGGAAAAUCACAAGGGCAAGAAGAUCGAAAACUCAUAAGAGCAAGAAGAAAGAAAACUAGAAAGAGAUCGGUACAAGAAAAUAGAAUCCAAAGAGUAUAAAGAAAUAAAUUCGAGAGAUGAUGAAAUGAAGUUGAAAUGUAGUCACUAUAACUAAUAAGCAGAAGAAAAAGGUUCAAAAAGUCGUAAUCGAAUGAGACCAAAUACCUAGACACAAAAUUCAAAAGGAUGCCGAGUGAAAACUAAGAAAGCAGCUUCCAGGGCGAGAAAGAAAGAAAAGUCGAGACUACGAUGCGAUAUUCAUCGACAGGCAAAUACAAAUUCAAGCGCUACGUGUAUGCAGUGGUUCCGUUCCAGUUCAUGAAGGCUACACCUACCAGCGGAAAGACGAAAACUUGCAAUUGUUGUAAUAUGUAUACGAUUGUAAAGAUUCAAUAAUAAUUAAAGUUGUUAAUAUAUCA